AGUUCAUUCGUGAAAUCAUCUUGUAGCAUAUUUUGGCAGUCACAUUAUGUCCAUUACGUGCAUUAUGUACAUACUAGGCAGGCGGAUUAGUGCAUUAAAUUUUAGUGUGAACCAUUGUAAACCUUAUUUCUUAAUUUAUAUUCAUCAAUACAACGCAAAUGAUCAACUUUUUGAGCCACAAACUACAACCAAAUGUACAUACCGAUGCAGUCGAGGAUGAUUGUCAUCCGGUUGGGAACCUUAUUUCUAGCAAUCAACGAGAGUUAGAUCGAGGAUUCAUGGCAUAUUCGGUAACGAAACCUCCUGUGGAGAUAAUUUUUAAGCUCUUCUGUCCGAUAGCUGUUAAAAAUAUUAAAAUCUGGCCGCAAAUAGGAGCCUUAAAAAGUACAUCCGUUGAGAUCUAUGCACAAAACAAAAGAGGUGCUUUUGACAAACUUGGUUACGGAGAAUCCCAGCACGCCGAAGUGAUGGAAUUUGCAGAUACUAGAAUCGAAACAUGCACUAGUCCAGACACUUCACGAGGCGAACGAUUUGUAUUAUUUCCUACCAUGAAACAUUUGAUUUCAAAUAGUUCUGUGUUUAAGAUAAUUAUACGGAAGACAGCUAAGUGUGCUCCCGUUCUUCGCAAGAUCGAAAUAUGGGGUGAACCAUCACGGAGCUGCUCAGAGACGAUUAAAAGUGAAGUACAUCAAAUGUGGUAUGAACGUAAUGAGGUAUCUAAAAAUGACUCUAUGCCACCAUCGGAGAAAAUUGUUACAGAAACAACCAUCACUGACGUACCAGAAGAGUUUCUAGAUGAACUUACUUGUGACAUUAUGACUAUUCCCAUGAUACUUCCUUCGGGUAAGGUAGUAGAUCAAUACACUAUAGAGAAGCAUAAUGCCCAGGAAGAGAAAUGGGGUAGACAACCUUCAGAUCCUUUUACAGGACUGCUUUAUAACGCUAUGAGAAAACCGAUGUUCAGCGCAGCGCUUAAAGCGCGCAUUGACAAUUUUAUAAUUAAACAUGCGAAUUCCGACAAGUUUCAGUAUGUGCCUCGCACUGUUGGCUCCAACUUACAGAAACUCAACAACAGUCAUUUACAUCCCAUAUCUAAAAGACAAAAAUUGAACACCGAGCCAGCCAUCUUAAAUCUAUCCUGUACGACAUUGGAAGCCGCAGUUCGGAAAGCUCUUGCUACAACAACGAGAUACACACUACCCCCAACAACUGCCAAUGAACCGAGUGAGGUCUGUCGCAAUUGCAUGCGGGAAUCGGAAUGCCUCUAUCAAAUCAAUUCGUGCAAACAUAUUAUUUGUCGGAACUGCUUGAAGAGUCAAGCUCCUAGCUCUACUAUUAUUAUUUGUACUUGUGGUGUUGAAUUCGAAAAACGAUUUGUUGAAAGAUACCAUUCGCGGUAAAAAUAAACUUACGAUAAGGAAAACGCAUAAA